AGUGAAAUGUUUUCAAAGGAGGCUGACACGGUUCGGAGAGUCAGCGAGGAUGGAGGUGUAGCUUUCCCUCGAGUUGAACGCACGUCUAGGAUUGAUUAAGUGCAAUUUAAGAUCCGAGUUUUAAACCAGUUCAACAUUAAGGCACAAUGAUUUGUUGACCUUUUUAAGUGACAGAUUUUUUUUUUUAAAAAGGUGAUAUUAAGGAACCAUGGCAACCACAGCUCUAACCGGCUUCUCCAUGAUGAGUCUGCUCAGCCUCGGAUACCUGACCUGGGACCUGAUGAGUCCUAACCAGGUGGAAAACGAGCCAGAGCAAACUUUUGUUGGUAGGUCACCUGGCCCGUCGCCUCCUCACAUCAUUUUCAUCUUGACAGACGAUCAGGGAUUCAACGACAUCGGUUAUCACAGCUCUGACAUCCGGACACCAGUGCUGGACAAACUGGCUGCGGACGGAGUGAAGCUGGAGAAUUACUACAUCCAACCCAUCUGCACCCCGUCCCGCAGUCAGCUCAUCACCGGCAGGUACCAAAUUCACACUGGCCUGCAGCACUCCAUCAUCCGGCCCCGCCAGCCCAACUGCCUGCCCUUUGACCAGGUCACCCUCCCUCAGAGACUGCAGGAGCUUGGUUACUCCACCCACAUGGUUGGCAAGUGGCACCUGGGCUUCUACAAGAAGGAGUGCCUGCCCACCCGCCGUGGCUUUGACACAUACUUUGGCUCAUUAACGGGCAGUGUGAACUACUACACCUAUGACUCCUGUGACGGCCCUGGACUGUGUGGCUUCGAUCUUCAUGAGGGGGAGUCGGUCGCCUGGGAACACAGGGGCAAAUACUCCACCCAUCUCUACACGCAGAGAGUCCGCAAGAUCCUGGCAAGACAUGAUCCUCAGUCGCAGCCACUGUUCAUCUUCCUAUCAUUCCAAGCUGUUCAUACACCCCUGCAAUCUCCAAGGGAGUACAUCUACCCGUACCGUGGGCUGGGAAAUGUGGCACGCAGGAAAUACGCUGCUAUGGUCUCUGUUGUAGACGAGGCAGUACGUAAUAUAACCUAUGCUCUCCGCAAAUAUGGUUACUACCAGAACAGUGUCAUUAUCUUUUCAACUGACAACGGUGGCCAACCCUUGUCUGGUGGCAGUAACUGGCCACUUAGAGGACGUAAAGGCACCUACUGGGAAGGUGGCGUCCGGGGUCUGGGGUUCGUCCACAGUCCUCUGUUGAGGAAGAAGAGGAGGGUAAGUAAAGCCCUGGUGCACAUCACUGACUGGUACCCAACACUGGUGGGAUUAGCAGGUGGAAAUGAGUCCAUGACUGAAGGGGUGGAUGGGUAUGAUGUUUGGAAGGCCAUCAGUGAGGGGAAGGAGUCACCCAGGUUGGAGAUCCUCCACAAUAUUGAUCCUCUGUAUAACCAUGCACGCAGCGGCUCCCUGAAGAAAGGAUAUGGCAUAUGGAAUACAGCCGUGCAGGCCUCCAUACGAGCUGGAGACUGGAAACUCCUAACAGGAGACCCCGGCUACGGAGACUGGAUACCACCACAGAUGCUUCCAGGAUUCCCAGCCAGUUGGUGGAACCUGGAGCGCCACACCAAACCACAGAAAUCUGUGUGGCUCUUCAACAUCUCUGGAGAUCCUUACGAACGUUUUGACCUUUCUGAGCAGAGACCAGAUGUUGUCAAAGAGCUGCUUGCCAGAUUGGUGUACUACAAUCGAACUGCAGUACCAGUGAGGUACCCAUCAGAGGACCUACGGGCUGACCCCCACCUGAAUGGAGGUGCCUGGGUGCCCUGGGUAGGAGAUGAGGAGGAGGACAGCUGGGACAGUGCCUACCAAAAGAAGAACAAGGAUUGGAAGAAGAAGCUUAAACUGUCCAAAAGCAGGUCGUUUUUCAGGAGACUCAACACUAGGAUCAUGUCCAACAGGAUAUAGAAAGGACAUGACUUAAAAGAUUCAGAUGGACAAGGUUACAGGAAGAACACUUCUGUUUGUAACUGAAACGUGUUGAAGAAGUGUUUUUGUUGAACAAGGAACCAAGAUUCGGAAAGGGAAAGCUGCAGCUCUCCCAGUUGUAGCUGCAGGUGAAAAAAAGUCUGACGAAGGUGUUAACAGUCCAACUUUGUAUCCACUUUGAAUGAAAAAUAUGUCUCAUCAUCUGCAACCAUUUUGAUUUAAUGAACAUAACUGACGACUACCUCUGUGUCAAAGUGGCAUUGGUUUUGACAGUUUUUUUUUUCACUCAAGCUGUACUUCUCAAUGUCCUCUGUGUUGCUGUACACAGUUUAAAGUAUAAGAAUAAUAUAAAUGUAUUAGUUUUUUUUUGUGUUUUUUUUACUUGUUGGGAAAGCAUGUUGAUAAAAGUAAUUACUGGAUUACAUCUGUGACUCUUUAUG